UUUGGGCUGCAUUCCCAAACAACCUGACUUCGAGAAGGCCGCGUAACACGGUAGUGACGUCAAGUGAAAACCUAUACAACAACAGUAACAGUUCUCGGCGGAAGUGACGUUACGCUGCCUCAAAACGGAAUAAGCAGCACGGUUAGCUCCGCGGUGUGUGAACGUGUUGGAGAGCUUCAACUUUAUUUUGGCAACUCUCUUAAACACCAACGAACUCCUGUAUAGCUCAACCUCUCCCACAGAGUCAAAGAUGUUUAACAGGCAGACGAGCCUCUGGAUGGGUGAUGUAAGUACAAAUUAUCACUUUUUCUCUGUUCGGGGACGUUAGCUUGGUGGCUCAUGCUUGUUGCUAGCUUAGUUACAUAAAGUUAGCUUUGAUGUGUGAUCGUGAGUGGCUGGACUACCAUCAGAGGAACAUUGAUGUUUAAUUCAGGGCUAUGAGCAUCAUAUUUUAGUUGUGUAAACACUUAUGUGACAAACCUUGGUUGUUCUGAAAAGUUUGGCACAAAACAUUUACGAAAGUGGCGCUAGAGACAUUUUGGAUUGGUGCACGAGCAAGUCAACCGACUCAAAAUAAUACUAAUAGUAUAUGUGGGGUACUCAGUGGUAAUGGCACAUCAUCAGCAUUGGCAGGAAAUAGUCAAAGAAUGGAACUUGUCUGUUACAAGAGGUAAAAAAUUGUCAACUGCAAGUUUUUCCAUUCUACCCCUUUGGAUUUUGUCCACAGUCCUCGGGUAUUCUUGGGUCGGCUUGCAUGGACAGCACUAUUAAGAUCGGUCUGUAUUGUCCAUUUAUUUGAUUAUUCCAUUCAAUUUAGUCAACGAAAAACGAGUCAAUAUUUUGUUGAUUUGUUUUUCUACAUCAACAAAAAAUAAAAAAAUAGUGUUUGUUUUUGUAUUUUCAGCUCAAAACCGAAUAUAUAACAGAGAAGGAAAGGAAAACGCAAUAUUAAAUCUUAUUUACAAUAAUUGAUUUUGAGUGUGCCUGUUUUGAGCAUGCGUGCAUUGGAGGCUACAUUGGCCUUCCCAUAAUCCUCAGCGACAGUUACCAUGGCUAAAGAUGCGACAGAGCAGUUUGAGCGCCAAAAUCUUAUGUUGUAACAGAGCUCUGGUUGUAAUUUUUUCUACAGUCAUAUCUUCCUCCUUCAGCGUGACCCUACUGGUGGCUUUGAAUAAUACUUAGGAUGUGUCCAUCUCCAUGACAGCAGGUUAGCCUUUCUCUACCGCUCCGGCCUGGGGUUUUUGGUCCACGUUGUUGGCUACUUUGUUGCGCAAUGUGCAUGUGCAAACAGUAGAAAGGCACUGUGGGAAAUGGAGACAUCAAUAACCCGAAAAUGAAAAGUAGAUUUAUUAUUUUGUUUUCAUUUCCAUCUCUAUUAUAUAUUCUAUUAUGAACUGAAAAUACGAAAACAAAAAUCAAUCUUUUAAUUGCCGUUUUGCGCCGUUCUGAGCCCUUCCUGUGUCCCAUUUCAGAUACAGCAGCCUUCGAACGGCGCAUCUGACGCGUACGUGAGGUCACCACGCGGCACGAACGGUGUCCCGUUUGGCACAAAAUACUAAGCGCGCUUCAAAUUCGGUCUCAAAACCACACUACCCCCGCCUCUUUUUCAAGCGUGCAUGUAUGCACGCUUUCGUGCCGUCGGUAUCCCAGAAUUCUUUGCGUGCCGCUGCACAGCUGUGCAUUUCAGGUGAGAGGCUGGACUCGCUUGGAGACACAGCGCGUCUUCAAAGAAAUUACAAGCAGUCCAAAAACAGCAGACAGUCAGCUCAGGAUAUAUGCUGAGGAUAUAUCUGUCAAUGCAGCCGUAAAUAUCCGUGAAUGACAUUGAGCUUUAGUUUAUGAUAUGAAUCCAUAUGCAGUAAUAAGGUGUUGGUGUCUCUGCAGGUGUAGGCUACGGCCGGUGUCAGAGACGUGGUGCUCGUCUGAGCUCGACUCCCUCUGGAUCACAAAUGUUGAUCAUCAUCAGUUUGAUUGUUUCUUCAGGAACCACAAAAUCUCUCUGAAUGACCCGCUGAUACAUCCACAGAUAACCCUGCAGAUGACCAGCUUCAGUCAUUUCCCCCUCCACAAAAGCAGCUUUAUGACUUUAUAAACUUUAUGACUUUAUUCUCCUAAAUGUACAACUUUAAUCUCUAAAUCUUAAAGAAAAAAAAAAUCAAUGUUGUCCUGAUACUCUGCUGUAGUUUUGUCAGCUUUCUUAUUUUUAAUGUUUUUGAUUGUUGAAGCAGAGCGGAUCAGUUCGUCUCUAAAUCUAUAAUGUUUGGUUUACAGAUUUUAGUGAGUUCAGAGAUCAUGCGCUCAUACAGCCUGAGCUGACUGUCUGCUGUUUUUGGACUGCUUGUAUUUUCUUCGAAGACGCGCUGUGUCUCCAAGCGAGUCCAGCAUCUCACCUGAAAUGCACAGCUGUGCAGCGGCACGCAAAGAAUUCUGGGAUACCGACGGCACGAAAGCGUGCAUACAUGCACGCUUGAAAAAGAGGCGGGGGUAGUGUGGUUUUGAGACCGAAUUUGAAGCGCGCUUAGUAUUUUGUGCCAAACGGGACACCGUUCGUGCCGCGUGGUGACCUCACGUACGCGUCAGAUGCGCCGUUCGAAGGCUGCUGUAUCUGAAAUGGGACACAGGAAGGGCUCAGAACGGCGCAAAACGGCACAAUACGGCACAAAACGGCAGUGCACUCAGCUAAGCGCCGUUAAGCGCGCUUAUCACGAUGCGGUCUCUGAAAUGAGACACAGCCAGAGUAUUUAAAAAACUCUGAAACUGGCAUGCUUCAAGUCUAUGGAGCUGGCAGAGGGCUGAGCUUGGAAAAAGAAUCUGACACUUCAAAACUCUCAGGGUGAACACAUUUUUCUCUAUGUCUAUAGUUGGACCCAUACAUGGAUGAAAACUUCAUCAAGCAGGCCUUCAGUGCUAUGGGAGAAUCGCCCUUUGGAGUCAAAAUCAUCACACACAGGAUAACGGGGUAAGGUAUACAGAGCACCUUAUAAACUCCAGGCCUGCUGCCUGCACUGCACAGCUGAUAAUAGGGAUUUAUGUUAUGGUAAAUGAUAAAAGCCAGGAUGGUACAGGGUUUCCCCUGGGAUUUUUUUAACCUGUGGUGGUGGGCUGCAUGGGAGGCAGCUCUGUCGUGCCACUGCUGCUUCGCUGGCGGCAGCGAAAUUGUUUAAAAUCAUGACAAAUAAGAGUUUUUAUGAAUAACAGUUAUUUAUUUUUUGCCAGUCUUGAACAAAAACAAGAACAUUUCUAUCAUUUCAACUAUUCUAUUAUUUUAAACAACUUAUUCAACAGCACUACACAUGUGGGAUUAAUCCCAGCUCUUUUCACUCAGUCUGAACUCAAGAGAGAAUAUAAAAUCUAUAAAAUAAAAUCAAAACAGCUUUCAAUUGCUACAAGUAGAGCUACACACAUUUCUGUGAAGGGGACUAGGGUUUAAAGAGUGGAGUGAGAGGCAGGUUUUUUUUGAUGAAGAGAAUCAUCUGUGUUCUCAGCAGUGAUCCUGUUUCUGGCUUCAUCCACGUUUGACACAGCGCUAAAAAGCCUCUCACUCUUCACACUGCUACAAGGGGCCGACAGGUAUUUUCUGGACAUCUGGGCAAGAGUGGGAAAUCUCUUUCUGUUGACUCCCCAGUACUGCAGUGGGUUGUCAUGCUUGUCAGCUAGGCCCUCCCCAACAUAUUUCUCAAAUUCAAUGGCCCCACCCUCUGGUGCAGUGCUCUGUGAUGCUCGCUCAUUAGCUAUUUUAUCAUACACACUGUCCAGGCUGCUAGUGGCUUGGGCCUUGCGGUGCUUUCUGGCAGGAGCGUCCACCACAUCUGCUUCUUCUGCAGACAGCAGUCCCUCUCUGACACGCACACACACGCACACAUACCUCAGAUCUAGUACAGUGGCGAUGCUGUAGAGUGGGUUUCGUUCCGUGUUGAAGAGGCGUCUUGUCACGGCGGCAGUCAAGGUUGCCUUCAUCGUUUUGAUGCCAUGGUCCUGUUCCCUUUCAGCUUGUGUCAAAAACUCGAGAAACACAGUCACGGCAGGUAUCACAUCAGACGCCAUGGCGUCAGCUUUGCUCACUUUUUUGGUCAUCUCCUCAAACGGGGCAAGGACAGUCUUAAGCCGCGUUCAGACCAAACGCGACCUCGGCGACGUGAGCAACGACCCCCAAUGCAAAGUCUAUGGACAGCCGCGACCUGAUGCGACUUGACGACCGCCAGCUGCCGGCGACGCAACGUCAGCGACCUCGGCGACCAAGUCGCACAUGGUUGCCGACGUUGCGUCGCCCGAGGUCGCAGGACGCCAAGUUGCGUCGCUCCCAAGGUUCAAGUAUUUGAACUUUGGGAGCGACUCCGUGCCGCGACAGCCAAUCAGGGCUCUGCUGACGUCAACAAACCGGCGAAGCAAGGAGGAGGAGAAGAAGAAUCACAAUGGAGGAGCAGCUUAUCACUGCGGUGAGUUAUCACCCGGUCCUGUACGACAUGGUGUGCGCGUUCUACCGGGACCGCACCUACAAGGAGGAGGCAUGAGCGAAGGUGGCCCAUGAUGUCGGGCUUUCUGUUAAAUUUGUUUGUUUAUUUAUUUCAGUGAGCAGACUAUUUUCUGAAAACAUAGCACACUUCCCCUGCUGUGUGUCUUUGCAGUGGAUGUGUGCUGCAAGCGCUGGUAGGGACUGCGGGAUGUAUAUAUGAGGAAGAAAAGGAUGGAGUAGGAAGGUGGGAGAAGCGGGUCAGCGGCGACCAGCCGUGUCCUGCGACCUCCGUGACUGCAGCUUUGGAUCCGGUGUGAACACACCAGGGCGCGACCCGACGGAAAUAUAACGACCAACGCGACUAGGUCGCGUCAGGUUGCGUUUGGUCUGAACGCGGCUUUAGUGUGUUCAAGGAGGGUCCACUGGUGAGCGCUGAGGGUGGCGCUGGUGGGGAGCUCAUGUUGGGAUGCAUAGAGUAUCAGAGCCCGCUUCUGCUCGAUAAGAGACUGGAUCAUGUAAUAGGUGCUGUUCCAGUGUCUUGCUGUAGCCUUGCUGUCGGCUGUAGGAGUUCGAGCUGGAUGUCCUCCAGGUGGGACACACUCCUCUGGGUCAACAAACCCCUCGCCAACAGCCAGUUGAAGCAUGUGGGCUACACACGAUAGGCUAGGAAGUUCAGCUUCACGCAUGGCCUUCAUCAUGUUUGCUGCACUGUCCCGGAUGACAAGGUGAACAGAACUUUUCGGAAUUCCCCACAUCUCAAGCACCCCCUCAAACUCAUCAGCGAUGGCUCUGCCCGUAUGUGAACCCGGAAAUUGCUUUGCGUGGAGAAUGGCACUUUUGCACGUGUAAUCCUCCCCGAUCCACUGUGCAGUUAAACUAAUGAGGGCCAUGGGGGUGACACUGCAGCUCCAAAUAUCAGUUGUGAAGCUGAAAGCCUGUACGCCAUGCAGCAUGUAUUGUAUGUACUCUUUCACAGCGUUCUCUAUCCUUGGCAAUUCAGUAGUUGUUAUGAAAUGACGGCUUGGGAUAUCAUACCAUGGCUCAAGUGUACGCACGAAAUUCCAAAAGCCCCAAUAUUCAACAAGUGAGAAGGGCUGGUCAUCAUACGCAAUGAGUAGUGCAAGAGCUUCUGUUAUUUGAACCCACCGUGGGUUUGAUUUUGAUAGCUUCUCUCGCUUUUCCAGGGUUUCCUCCAAAGUUGGUUGCUUUGUGCUGCUGCUACUAGUGGUGGAAAACUUCUUGUACUCAGCGUCGUGCUUGCUCUUAAGAUGUUUGAUCAAGUUACUCGUGCCAAACGAGCUAGGCUUCGCACCUCCUCGUGACACUUUCACGCCGCACAGUCUGAGUCGGCUUUGCAAUGGUCAGCAUAGCUAAUCUUAAAAUAUGUCCACACAGCCGACAUUGUUUCUUUUCCUCCUCCUCAGAACGCACACCGUUCCCACCUGUUUGGCUCCUCUUUUCCCCCCACAAGCUUCCGCUCAGUAUCCACGCAGCACACUGAGCACGGCAGUGCGUUGAUAACGUAACAGUAUCGGGUGCUGUCUCAAGUACACAUUCUACAUCAAAUGAAUGAACAUGAAAUGAAAUUCAUGAGCUUUUACUCCAAAAAACUUUUAAUUACUAUAUUUAAUAACUAUGCCAUUAAAAUUGUUAACAUAGUAUUUAUACUUUUUAAACUAUUUAAUAUUUAUCCAUUUUAAACUGUUAAUAGUAUUUAUGCUUUUUAAACAAUCAAAUAUGUACCCAUUUUAAACUGUUAACAUUGUAGGAUUUGCCUUUUAAACUUUGAACAAUGUAUUAUUUAGGCAUAUGCUUACUCUCUGGAUUGCCUUACCUCAGAUGGCUGCAUGCUCAGUCUUGCAGCCUGAACAAUCAGUUCAUCAUAAACUUCCUGUCUUUCGUCCUCAGUCAGGAAGGGAAGACUUUUGAAUCUUGGAUCCAUUGCUGAAGAUGCAUGGAGAGUUGGCUUGAGGUUGAUGUACCUCUUCUGAAGAUCACCAGCCAUGGCAGCCUUCAUCUCUUUUAUGACUGGAGAUUCACCUUCAAUUGUUUUCAGUCCGUUGAUCAAUGUGUCCUGGAGGGGUGCGACAACUGACAGUGUAGGGGUCUUCUCCUUGGACAUGUACUGUGUAGCCUCCUUCAUGGGCUUCAGCGCGCUGACUACUUCUUCAGCUGUUGUCACAUCUGACUCGGUCAGUGUGCACAGAUCCUUCUCUGUCUUCCUCACCUCACUCGUGAGCAGGGCUGCACAUAUGGCUGGCUGUUGUUCGAGAAAUCUUUCCAACAUGUCGUGCACACUGUUCCAUCUGUAGUUAAAUUCAAGUAAGAAAGUAUUUAUAGACCUAUAGCAACCUUCACACAGCAUGGCUGCACAGAAUGCUGCUUUACAUUAAUUACAAAAUAAAUUAGUAAUAAAAUCAAAAUAAACAAUUACAGUAAUGUUGAUUAAUGUGCACUGUCUCUGUAAAAACAAAACAAAAUAUAUAUAUAUAUAUAUAUAUAUAUAUAUCAUAUAUAGAAAAGUAACCAUGCACAAACCUGGUAACCACGUCCAUCAUCAGUGUGUGUCUUGGUAGUUGUAGAAGCCUCUUCUUCUCUUUCAGCAUGUGAUUUGCUGUGGUGCUUCGCCUGAAGAAGUUCACAAUGCGUCUCACUCUUCCCAACAGACGUGCGACUGCUGUAACUUUGAGGGCACGUUGUGCAGCCAAAUUGAGGGUGUGUGCGUAACAUUUUACAUGCAGAGUGAACGCUGCCUCCUCAGCUGCUACAGUCAUAUUCGCCGCAUUGUCAGUUACAAUCACUGGAUCCUUCUCCGUGAUUUCCCACUCAGCGAGGGCCUCUCGCAGAAGUUCUGCAAGGUUCUGUCCGGUGUGGCUCUCGGGCAUGUCCCUCGUUUGUAACACAUAGGUAACAAGCUCCCAUUCUCCGUUUAUAAAGUGGGCCGUGACGGUGACAUAUGCCUCUGUUGUUCGCGAGGUCCACCCGUCGCACGUCAGGGCAACUCUCUCCGCACUGGCCAGGGAGGCUUUGACGUGUGCCUUCGUCUCAACGUACAACUUGGGCAUACAAACAUUGGUGAGGUGUUGGCGGCUAACGAUAGGAUAGCGGGGCUCCAUCGCGUUCACCAUGCGUCUGAAGCCGGUGUUUUCCACCACCGAAUAAGGUCUCAAAUCCUGACAAAUAAAGUAGGCAAUGGACUCCGUAAUUUUUUGCGCCCUCGGCGAAGAUGCUGGGAACUUGUGGCCCCAACUACUGUCACUGCCCAGCGUGGUUUGUUUCGGGUCACGCGGCUCGCCCCGCAGCUUCUUGGGCUCAGUGUCAGGUAGCAUUACCUUGUCCGGGUGGUGACGUUUUAAGUGGGCUCGCAGGUUGGUGGUAUUCCCGGAGUACUUCACAUUUGUGUGGCAAAGCUUACAAACCGCCAUCGUUUUGUCCAAAUUGUCGCUCUCCUGCUUGUUUUUGAAUCCAAAAUGCUCCCAUACAUCUGCUUUUAAGCAUGCAGGUGCUGGAUUUAUAUUCGCCGCCAUUCUCCUGAAUCUCUCAGCUCAAACCAGAUGAGAAAGGCGUCGGCGUUUCCGUAAGUAGACAUGCGCUACAGCGACACUAGCGGCUGGCGGACCUAAUUGCACAUCCUGCGCGUAUCGAUACUCGCGGCUGAAAAAUCGAUACUCUCUGGGGAAACAAAAUAUCGAUAUAUAUCGCAGAAUCGAUAAAAUCGCACAGCACUAGUGGCGGUGCACCACGAUUAAUUACAUGUAGGGGAAACCCUGUGGUAUUAUAGCGGAGUAGUUACUGGCUAAAUAAGUGGACUUCUUAUAUAAUCACAAUCUAUAUCUAUAUAUAAAUCUAUAUAGAAAGAAAAUCUUGUGUACUUGAUAUUUGGACUACAAACGGGGUUCAGGCUAAAAUAUGUUGUUCCUUAAACACAAAUAAACAUUAAAAUGCAGAUUUGGCUAAUAGAGAUUGAGUGUUCACCACUUUCCAGAGUCAUACACUGAACAAAAAAAGAGCUUCUGUGAGACGGUGUCUGACAGUUUGUGCAGAAAUUAUUUGGUUAUACAAACCAGUUGUUGCAGCAGCUGUCUGAGUGGCUGAGUCUCAGAUGAUCUUGGAGGUGAAGAUGCUGAAUGUGGAGGUCCAGGGCUAGUGUGGUUACAGGGUGGUCUGUGAUUGUGAGGCAGGUUGGAUGUACUGCCAAAUUCUCCGAAACACCUUUGGAGAUGGCUUAUGGUGGAGAAAUGAACAUUCAGUUCACGGGCAACAACUCUGGUGGACAUUCCUGCAGUCAGCAUGCUUCCUCAAAACUUCUGUGACAUCUGUGGCAUUGUGCUGUGUGAUGAAACUGCACCUUUUAGAGUGGCCUUUUAUCAUGGCCAGUCUAAGGCACACCUGUGCAAUAAGCAUGCUGUCUAAUCAGCAUCUUGAUACUCCACACCUGUGCGAUAAUCAUGCAGUCUAAUCAGCACAGGGUUUUUCCUGGCUCAAAUUGAGGCAGAGGUGGCACCAUCCUGACCAUGCGCCAUGACGUGCAUGUAUUUGUAAAUUCAACUGACUCACUUUCUUUUACAGGCAACAUACUUUAAGUUAAGAGUUCAAAAAAUGUGUGAACAUUAUCAUGUUAAAGCAUUCAUUUAUUAAAACUAUAUACAUACACAAAUUAGCUGGCAACUUUAAAUUGAAAGUACACUUCAUCCACACAUCUCGCAACCAGACAGAACAUUUCAGCCUCCUCUUUUUCAUUCUGUAGAACCUCCUCAUGCACUCCUUGUAGUCCAAGGCCUCCUGGUCUGGUCCAUCAACGGCCACCUUACAACAGGCAUCAAAGUGCCUCUCCUUCAGUCUGUUCUGCAGGUGUCUUCACCUUAAACAAAACAGUUCAUCAUGCAUUAAGUAUUUUUGUUUUUAUUCUGAUACAGACAUGAAGAGUGAAAGUGUUUUCAAUCAUAUAUUAUAUGUAUACGCUGCAGUGUCCUCCUUUAAAAAAAAAAAAAAAAAAAAAAAAAAAAAGACAACCAAUUAUUUCUUAAACUAUCUAAACUAUAUUAUUUUAGUUUUUGUAACAUUAUUAGUUGGUUGUUUUUAGGUACCACCAUCUUUAAUAUACUUCUCUUCUGCUGCUUUGUGAAUGGCUGUCACCUCAUGUCUUUUUAAUAUGUCCAGCCUGUAGUUGGUUGAUGGCUAUCUCACUAAGGAGGCAGCAAUUGCCUGCUGUGUUGGGGCACAGUGCUUUUGGCAUAAAUAGCAGUGCAUGCCUUCCUCAGUAUGCCUGAGCCAGGUAAAUUGAUUGAGCCACUGCUCGUCAAAGCCACUGGCUCUGUGUUUUUGAGAAGAUCUAGAAAGAGGAAUAAAAACCAUGUACAUGUUGGCUUUGCGUUGUUAUGCUCCUAAUUGGAAACUAAUUAAUUAAUUACCCUCGCCUCGCCGACUCGUCCUGUCCUGCAUUCUGACCCUCGCUAUCACCAGUCCCUUGUGAAGUACUUUCAGACCUGACACAAAUCUCCACGUGGUCACCACCAUGAAUUAUAGCAUUUUAACUGCCUGUUACGUUUUUUCUCUGCUGUGUUUCACCUGGACUCUUGACUUUCCUCCUCGCGAGGUCGCUUUUUAAAGUACUGGCUGAUUAUGCCUGCCAUAUCUACAACGCUAAAAAUCAAAAACGUUACUCUGAAACAGAGGAAACUUUUUGUUUUAAUAAACACGACUUGCUUGGAUGCAAAAAAAGACAAGCAGUAUUUACCUGUUUGUACCAUCCGCCAGGGAAAAUCAGGAUGCCGAUAGCACCAACUAGCGGGAAAAAAACUUUAAAAACAUGAUUCGAUCAGUUUCUUCUUCGGUAGAUGCUUCAGGUCUUUCCGGUGCACUGCUGUUGAUAUAGUGCCUCUAUAGUGGCGCAAUGCUGCAACUGCAGUUAAAAUACAUUGCUGCUGCAGAGGGACAUCAAUCGCUCAAUCAACACAGCUGGAGCUUUACGCUGUAUUGAGCGAAAUCAAUCGCUUUGGCUGGGGGCGGCACAAAAUUAGGUGGAGGCAGCCGCCACGCAAUUUUGAACUCAGGAAAAACCUUGCUUAAAGUUAAGAGUUCCGAAAAGAAUGUGACCAUUAUCAUGUUGAAGCAUUUAUUUAUUAAAACUAUAUAAAUACACAAAUCAGCUGGCAACUUUAAAUAGAAAGUACACUUCAUCCACACAUCUCGCAACCAGACACAGAACAUUUCAGCCUAGUGCUGGGCGAUAGGACGAUAGAUAUCGUGGGCACGAUAGAAAAUGUCUAUCGUGCCAUUUCUAUUUUUAUCGUUUCGGGCGAUAGGCUGUAUUUUAUCCAUAGGGCUUGUGCCAUCAGAUGAUUCAUGGUAACAACAACAAUAAUUGCACAUUCAGUAAGUGUAUUUGGUGUCAAACGGGAAAGAAAACAAUAUUUUCUUACAAAGAAAAGGAUGCGUUGACAUUUAGGCUCGCAUUUCUCUUUCGAUUUUACGACAUGACGCCGCUUUACGUGCCCUCUUCGUGUCCAGCGUCUCCUGCCGUUGCGGAUUACCUGGGUUACACACGUGAGGAAAUCAUUGUAAGCAGUACUUAAUUUGUGCCGGAGCAAGCCGGAGCGCGCUCCGGGACCUCUUUUGAUCGGACCCGAGACCUAUUUCAGCCGCUCCGGUACCUGUUUCAUCUGCUUCGGGAAUCCCACGGGAUGGGAGUCAUUUUUUAAUUAAUCCCUUGAUCGGGAUGGGACGGGAAAAAAAGCAACGGGAGUGGGCAGGAGCGGGAACAACAUUAAUAGAUGAUCAUUUUCAGCCGUGUUAAACAACCAGAUGAACAGGUGCGUCCAUUUUUGUAGUCAUGUCUCAGUGAGAGCCAACACUCUUGACCGCGCUAGCAACACAAAAGAACUACAACAGUGACUUCCUGUCAGCUGGGAGCGCGGCUGCGCAUUUCUACCCUUCGAGCCAGGGGCGGGGAAGCGUAAUUUUGUGACAUUCUGUAGUUUUUCAAUCAUUUCUGGAGUCAUGGCGAAUCAAAUCACCUUACCUGUCUGCCCCUGAUAGGCGAAUAAAGCGCUCGGAUUCAUGCUCGGUUCUUGCUACGUGCUUCAAGAGUAAAGUAAACAAUGAUGGAGGCAGAGAGCAGCUUUGGAGGAGAAACAUCCAGCAGUGUGAACAACCUCUUCAAAAGAGCCCUAAAGACCUACCUUUUUAAUAAAGCCUUUGGUUAGCUUUCCUCUAUGCUUUAUGCUUUUACUACCUUGCCUCUUACAUUGCAACUCUAUAUUCUUAAUUUUUUUUAUUCAUUUAUACCUUUUUUUAUGCCAAUCUGUGACUGUCAUUCUAUUGCUUUUUUUAUUGUUGCUGCUCUUUUUUUACUGUGUACUGUAGCACUUUGAGAUUUUUUGUAAGUGUAAAGUGCAUUACAAAUUAAAUUUAUUAUUAUUAUUAUUAUGGAGUGCUUUGGCUCACACUAUCGGCGUUUUCUGUGAGUGUUGCAUAACUUUGGGUGAGCACAGACAUGAACGCACUCCAGCCACGUAUUUAUUUAUUCAUUUUUCUAGUUUUAAGCGCUGGUCUUGUACUGGCACUGUACUAGGGCAGCUGUUUACACUUUAAUUUUUCAUAGAACUGAAAGCAUACCAUAGCUAUAUCGUGAUAUAUAUCGUUAUCGUGAUAUAAAAUGAUCCAUAUCGUGAUAUACAUUUUUUUCCAUAUCGCCCAGCACUAUUUCAGCCUCCUCUUUUUAAUUCUAUAGAACCUCCUCAUGCACUCCUUGUAGUCCAAGGCCUCCUGGUCUGGUCCAUCAAUGGCCACCUUACAACAGACAUCAAAGUGCCUCUCCUUCAGUCUGUUCUGCAGAGGUGUCUUCACCUUGAACAAAACAAUUCAUCAUGCAUUAAGCAUUUUUGUAUUUAUUCUGAUACAGACAUAAGUAGUGAUAGUGUUUUCAAUCAUAUAUUACAAUUUUAAGUGCAGAGAAGAGCCUCUCCACAUCUGCAGUCUGUCCACCUGUGCUGCAAUAUCACGCUGCAGUGUCCUCCUUUAAAAAAAACGACAACCAAUUAUUUCUUAAACUAUCUAAACUAUAUUAUUUUAGUUUUUAUAACAUUAUUAGUUGUUUGUUUUUAGGUACCACCAUCUUUAAUAUACUUUUCUUCUGCUGCUUUGUGAAUGGCUGUCACCUCAUGUCUUUUUAAUGUGUCCAGCCUGUAGUUGGUUGAUGGCUAUCUCACUAAGGAGGCAGCAAUUGCCUGCUGUGUUGGGGCACAGUGCCUUUGUCAUAAAUAGCAGUGCAUGCCUUCCUCAAUAGGCCUGAGCCAGGUAAAUUGAUUGAGCCACUGCUCGUCAAAGCCACUGGCUCUGUGUUUUUGAGAAGAAAACAGGAAAAACCCUAAAGCAGUGGUCCCUAUAUGGCGGACCGCGGUCCACCUCCGGACCAGGAAAGAGUCCAAUACGGACCCGAGCCUACCGCAGAAAAAUGUAUGUUUUUUUUCUCUCUUGUGGGCCUGCACGAUAUACGUGUGUGCGAUAGUCACAUCGCAGAGCCUGCGAUGUCGGAGGUGAAUGAACUCAGUUAAUUUCAAGGGUAGCUGACUGAGAUACACUGCAUGUGACUGUGCAUGUGCUGUGCAGCGACCCACCAAUCACCUUUGUCCUUUACUCAGUUGCCAAUCAGACUCAGUUCUCAGUUGCCAAUCAGACUACCCUGCCAGCUGUCAAUCAAUAUCAGAGAGGAGGAAACCCACCCCUGCACAUGUUCUGCACAUGGAGGUACUCGCUGGCUGCUGGUGUUGAGCCGAGAAAUGCGUGUCCGCUGAGAAUUACUUUUGGAACUUUAAUCAUGACUGUUAAGCCCAACAAAUAAGAACUGUAUGGGUUUUUAAUGGUACAUUUCCGUGGACCACUCUACUAUAAGCGGUGCGCGUUUUGCGAGGUGCAUGCAAUUCUCGGAGGACAUGCGUUUCUCGGCACAACACCGCUAACAACAACAACAAUGAUUGCAAAAUGAGCAACGAACAAGAGAAAACCACCGAAAAUUAAGAUUUGUUGCCAAAAAGAAAAGGAAAGUCCGUUAUCUGGAAUUAUUUUGGUUAAAAGAAGGAUGAUGUCGACCAAAACACGUGUUCUGUGUUCAUCUGUCGCCACAAUAAUGUCCCAGCACAAUAAAAGCUAAAAUUAUCUCUGAGACAGACAGAAGCCAUUCUAACAUUCACAAAAAGAGGUAAGAUCAGAGCAGGUUAACUGUCCUCAAGAUUUCAGCAGUGCAGCAUAACAUUAAAUGCUAUUCAGGUCAUCUGGUGAAAAUUCCUAUAUUUUUAAUAUCGCAACAUCGCAGGGUUGAAAAAAAUUGCAAUGUUAGUUUUUUCCAAUAUCGUGCGGCCUUACUCUCUUGCUUUGUGCCUGAUUCAGUAAACUGCACGUGCAAUUUCAGCAAGGCAUUACAUCACUUGCUUACUCGCUUGACUUCUCAAUCAAAUCAGACCUCUUAGCCUACUCGCAGACAUGAAAAUCUCUCACCUUUCGGCGAAAUUCGCCGUUUUGGGGGGUCGGGGUCGGGAGAUUUUUUUGUUCUUUUAUUAUCAUGUGAUUGACUCAAUACGUAAACUGAGCGCUUCAGAAAUCAGCCCUUUAAAUGACACUUGGACGGUCAGCAAAUCCUCCUGGCUCCUUCGCUGACGAGAACCAAUCAUAGGCCAAACUCCAUUGUUCCGAUCAUGCGCACACUCUUCACGUGUACUUGGAGUGCUUGGAGAGCCUGUGGUAGCAUUGCAAAGCUGUGAGAACGAGAAGCAGGACUUAUCCACGCCGGUGUUGUGCCGUAGAAUGCCCCCCUGACGGGAGCGUGGUUGAAAGUACACAACAAGGCGAAAUAAUCCAAGUUUUGAGCCAUCUAAAAUAGCGAAAGCGGGCGUCUCGCGUUUACUGCCUUGCAGGGCUCUCAAGUCUCACGCAUUCAGCGUGUGACACACACAUUCCCACCCGUUCACACGCUCACAUGCCACACAUUGUAUUUCUUACGCAUUUAUAUGAACAUGGUGAUGUCCACAAAGUUGCACCUCUGUAACAAUCGAACAGGUAGAAAUCAACUGAGUUCCUCUGAGAGUUCAGAAGCUGUGUGCCACGCGCAAGCCAAUCAAAUAAAGUAUAUAUACUGAACAGCCAAUCAAAAAGCAGCAUUGCUGUAUCCGGGUAGAUUUUGAUAUCUUGCGGUUUGACUACAGAAGAAGACAGACACUCGCCGAAAUAGAGCAGGUUUUUAUAAGGACGAGAAAGACCCGAUGAUUACAGUAAGUCAGUAACCUACACAUGCAGAGACCUCAACACCUCAUAGCAUAUAGACUCAUAUGCUAAACUAAAGCCCUAUGCUAUUGCUAUUAACAGCUGUAUUGAUGAAUUUAGCCUCUGUACAGCCAUUUCCAGCCAUUCUCCCCUCCACAAAAGCAGCAUUUCUCAUAUAUUCUUUUUAAAGUUCUGACAGUGUAACGCUCAUGUACCAAAGGAUUAAGUAUCUCCAUGUUUGUGAAACCUAUACUAAAGUACAAUUCAUCUAAAUGCUCCUCAGUGCUGAUUUUAGCAACUCUCCUCCACAACAGGUAACUUUAGGACUUUAUUCUUAUAUAUUAUUGACUUUAUUCUCCUAAAUAAUAACUUUAUUGUCUAAGACUUAAAAACGUUUUUUGUCUUAAUGUGGCCCUCAUACUCCGUUGUAUUUAAGAGAUUAUUAUACUAUUAUACUAAUAAUUAUCUUCAAUCACUCUUCACCCCCCUGUUCCAUCCUUAUCCCAGGCCAAAAAAAAAAAAAUCGUAUCCCAUCCCAGUCCUGGUGAAAUGACUCCUGCUGCCAUUCAGAAUGACUCCCACUCCUGUACCGCUCCCAUUAUUUAUUUAUUAAUUAAUUAUUAUUAUUAAUUAUUUUAGUUUUUAGGCAAUACAUUGAAUUUUGUUUCUCUCCCCAUUCUUUUUUAGAUUACCUUGAGUUCUACAGUUUUAUUUUUGAAAGAUAUGGCAACAGGAAUAGUUAAUCUGUGGUAAUAUUGAGGGGCAUUUAUUGCCUCUAUCCAAACAAAAACCUUCACUAAAGAGCACAAAACAUAAAUAAUACAUGGCCUGUGGUCCCUUUAGUUUUUCUAUGGAUGAGCAGCUGCUAAGUCCCUUUAACUGAGCUCUUUUGAAGCUCAGUUACAGUAGUAAAAAAAAAAAAAAGUCCAACAGUGCAUAUUUCACACCAUGCUUACCUCACAUCUUGCCUCUUUCCAAACUAUCUUCCAAACUCGUCAAAAAACUCCAGACCAUCCAAAACUCUGCCGCCCGCCUACUCACCCACACCCGCUCCAGAGACCAUAUCACCCCCCCAACCUCCGCUCCUCCGAUGCCAACCUCCUAUCCCCACCCCUCUGAAUGACUCAUCGAACCUGGGGGGCAGGGCCUUUUCCAUUGCUGCAACCUCCCUCUGGAACUCUCUCCCCAUCCAUAUCAGAUCCUGCACUGACUCGCCCUCCUUCAAAUCCCUUCUAAAAACCCACCUUUUAAAAAUUGCUUUUAACAUGUGACUAUUUUACUUAUUUAUAUUUGUUUAUUUUAUUCUAUUGCUAUAUUCAAAUUGUGUGCUUUAUGUAGUGUCUUUGAGUAUCAUGAAAAGCGCUAUACAAAUAAAAUGAAUUAUUAUUAUUAUUUUCCGAGAUUUGCCUUGCAAGCGUGCCUCUUUAGACCACUUGUCUCACUGUUGUGUUUAACAUGACUAAACACACUUUACAAGCAGCAUAUGGUGUCUUAAAGGGAUAUUCCAGUGUAGACUAAAUUAAGGGUCAAAAACACCGUAACACUGAGUUAGACACCCCCUCGAGGGAUGAAUGUCACUGACUGCUUGCAAUAGCAAUGGCAAUACACAGGGGGCUCAGGAGCCACACACAAACCUCAACCAAAAAGCCACUCUAUAGCCACAAAUAAUACUUAGAACAGCACCUAACUUUUAACAGUACAUAUAGGGUCCCAGCCGUAGUACUAGCAACCAAACACCUUUUUAGCUUUGCCUAAUUUCUUAAGCAAAGAGACUAAACACAACUCACCCACUCUCCUCCAGAAGCUGUUGUUUGUGGGGGAGCCCUGUAGCGAUCAACGAGUGCAGCAGAGUUCUGCAGCUCAGGGAAGAACAUUUAUGAUCAUUACUUCAUCGGAAUGCAGUCAGAGUUCUAGUGUAUCUUGUAUGGCAGUUUAUAACUGUUAUUAUCAAGUGCUGGCCAGGAAAUGAGCGCAGAUGAGCAUUUUUAACUUUUCAAUUUUACGUGAAGUCAAAUGCGAUUGUUUAACCUUAGAAGUGCUUCCAGAAGGUGGCAUAAAACUGUGUGUAUACUGUCAACCUUUAAAAGCUGUUUUAGACUUCAUGCGAAACAAGUGUCUCUCCACCCUGACAUUUCUCUUCUCCUGUACAGGGGAUCAGCGGGAUACUGCUUUGUGGAGCUGGCAGAUGAAGCAAGUGUCGAUCGAUGUGUCCAAAGACUCAAUGGAAAAUUGGUUCCUGGAUCAAAUCCGGUCAGUUUUUUUUUGUGUUUUUGCAAAGUCAUGAAUCUUUGAUGCAGCCUUUUUUUAAAAAUGCCGUAUGUAUAAUUUUUGUUCCUUCAAAAAUAUUUUAUUAUCUAUCAUAUGUACCAUUAAAAAUGUAAUACUGCCUUCCUCUUUUCCAGUGUAAGACUCAUGUUGUAAAGCAAUAUUCAAUGGUUGAUUUGAGUGUGGAUAGUGGAGCUCAAUUAGUCUUGGUCCUCCUUUUUUUGCAACAGUCACUGAAAAAUUUAUUGUUUAUAGGUCAUUAUUAUAAGGGCUUGCUCUUUUAAAAGAUUUUUGUUUAAACUAGGGAUGCACAGAAAAUUUGGCCACGAAAAAUUUGCUUUUAUCACCGAAACAACACCAAAUAAGAUGUUGUGAUGACGCAAAACCGCAGCCAGCACGUGCUUGUCUGGAUAGGAGCCAACAUGUAUUUCAGUAUAUCUGAGAACCACAGAUAGCAAUUUGCAUUGGUAAACUUUCCAACAUGGGGUGCAUCUGCAAAGAGUAACUUUACCUUGGGUUUAAUUUUUCACCUGAAAUCCAAACAUCCCAAUCCCCAUUCUGAAUAUUAGAAGAACGUGGCACAGAAAAGAAAAAUCUCUCUGAGCACACCCAAUCAGUCUGUGGCAGAUGUUGCAGCCAAAUACACAAGGGGGCGCCAGGCAGAAGUUUCACUUCUUCUCACUUGUAUUCGUAACUUUAACAGAAGUCAACAUUACAAUGCAAACUUACGCUCAGCUCCUGCUCUUGGUUAUUUGGAAGAAAAAACACUGAUGCUACUUCUUUUCUAGCCGUGUCUCUAACACUCACAACUCUUCUCCUCUUAGAACUUUUGAGUUGCUUUUGCCCCUGGCUUGCAGGCCACAUCUUAAAAGUGUAAACCACACAGAACUUGCAGUAACAAUCUGACUCAAAAACUCAAAACUCACAUUGCAAUUGGAUACAUUAAUACUAAUAAAUUUUUUUAAUGAGUAUUAAUUUAUACCAUUGCAAUGCCUUGAGUUUAGUAGGAUUAGUACACAGUCGUAGCCAUAAAUGAAAUGGUACUAAUAAUUGAUUUAAUAAUUUCUUUCUGUGUUUAGGUUUUUCAGCCAAUUUUCAUUGCGGUGCAUCCCUAGUUAAAACACAGGUAAAUUGUGUCAGACCUGCCUGAUUGUUUGUGUAUUGCUUAGGGAUGUAACGGUAACUGGUGUACUGAUAAAUCGUGAUAAAAAUGUUGAUUAUAUCUAUUGCCGUUUUUAUUUCAAAAACCGGUGUGUUUGGGGGGGGGGGGGGUUAAUGAAUCAGUUGUGAGAUUGCUGACAACAACUCCCUUAUCAAUCAGCUGUGUGAUUGAGGAAAAUAACUCACUAAUUAAUCAGCUGUGUGAUUGCUGAUGAUAAAUGCUAAUGCGCGCUUCGCACGUAUGUGUACUGUUACAUAUAAAUCCGCGGUGGAGCUAUGUAAAAAAAAAUAUAUAUAUUUUUAAGGUGUGGCAGCUUUUAUUUAGUCGUGGCAGUGCACCAAAAUCAAUUGCAUGUAGGGGAAACCCUGUGUUAAUCACCAGCUUCCGAGUCUCCUUAAGUAGCUGUGCAGGCGCACUGUGUAGCCUACAAUUUGCAUUUAAACUCUCUAUUUGAAAUGGUAUCAUGGCAGAAGGAGGAGACGACAACGUCAAAGACCAUUGCAUUGUGCCGUGUUAUUGAUAAAUCCAUACCCAGGAAGUAUUUCUCAUCUACAGGAACUGAUAAACAGUUUAGAGUCCGCAUAUGGUGUUUUAUUUUGAAAUCUACCGGAUUACAUGUGCGGUUUCUGUGCAUGACAUUCUGCCUAGAAGGAUAGUCUCAUUUUGACGCAUUUUGGAAGCGUAGAGCAGCUAAAUAGACUUGGUGUAUAUCUUUAGCAGAACAGCGCUCAACAUGCUUCUGAGACAGAGCUGAGACACUUCCUGUGUGUAAUGCUGCAUUGAUUAGAAUGGGAACCUAUUUGCUGCGUAACAUGCAACGCUGACGAAACACGCUCAACACCGAUCCUGUGGGCUUUAGGCUCUAGUUAGCGACAGUAAUCCUGUCUAGAUACGAUUAAACGAUGAAAAUAAGGCAUUGUGUAGCACUAACUAAAAGCAUCAAAAAUUGCCAAAAUCAGUGCCAUUAUGCCUUUGAGUACAUUUUUAAAAAUCCCAUGAUAAUACCGAAAACCAUGAUAACUUUGGUCCCAAUAACCGUAAAGUAGAAUUUUCAUUCCGUUACAUCCCUAAUAUUGCUAACACUACUGUGCAUUUUCAGUGAAUUUAAUCUGAAACUUCAAGCACUUGCAGAUACUACUUCCUAAAACUGUAGUCCAAAUUUUGCUGCAGUGACAGCUGAUAUAAAUGAGGGUUUGUAGGUAGGGCUGGGCGAUGUGAAAUAAAUGUUAUUACAAUAGAAAUGUUCAUAUCAUUCGCUAUCGAUCAUUAUCACGAUAGAUGUCAAUUAUUAUGGUUAAACUUUACUGUACUAUUAAUCCUAUCAAAACUUCAUAAUGUUAGUUAAUGCUUGGAUUUUGGAGUUCAUUGACAAGUUAUUCAUGUAUUUACGAUAACCAUAUCUUUAACUAACGAACAGUAUCCAUGAAUAACAGUCUUAGUAAUUUAUGACUUAUUACAUCAGCAAUUUACUAUGUCCAGUUUUAUUUAACGCUGUUAGUUCAUGUGUUCAUAAUGACUUUAUGAUGGUGUUUUUCUGGCUAAAGUACAACACGAUCAUAUUUUUGUAAGUGCUGUUGAAGGAUUAAAAUUUUAAUCCGAUUGAUCAGGGUUGCUGUGGAUUAGUUUUGAUCAAUCAUGAUUAAAUUUCAGUCAUUUUAAUCUAUAUAAAUAGUGUUUCAUUUUGCAUGAGCAAAGAGACUCAAGAAGGAAGGGAAUAUAUAUGCACUUAGUGUGUUAAUUAAACUCUUAUGCAUUGUGGUAAUGUGGUAUUUUAAGAUGAAAGUGCUUUGGUAAAAAAGAUAACUCCUUGCAGAGUGUGCGCAACACUUUGUGCUAGUCAGCUGGUCUGUCAUGGUUUUUUUAAACUCAAAUUUCCAACAUGCUGUUAAGCAUUUUCCUAUUGACAGGGCUCACCAAAAUUACAACUGAGACUUUUAUUUCAGCAUGUGCGAGUAAGAAUUUUAUCUAGUUGUGUUUGUGCAAGUGCAUAUGUUUUAAUGCUACCUCUAUUACAAACCCCGUAUUAGACAUUGUGGUUGAAAGUUCUCCUCUUUUUUCAUUGGCUUAGUAAGUCUUCUCCACCUGCACUGUCUCCUGUUUUGAGGAUAGAGCGCCGUCACGUACCCACGCAGCGCAUAUGCGCAUCGCACACCAAAGACAGAAGUUUUCGACAAGGGUUUUACUGUUUCUACAAAUGACGUCAGACUCACCUCUACGCAUAGUGUGGGCUCCGCAACCAGUCCUCUUAAAAAGGGAUUGGACUCUUCCCCAUUCUGGAGUUUCCCCUGGUGAGAGGCACUGGGCAGGAAUGGCAAUAUUUGCUGCUCCCUAGCUCGGUUCCUGGAUGCUGGGGUUCACCCUAAUGUGCGAGAGUGUAGCCUCCCUUCGCCUAUGGGUGGGGGGACAGAUCCUGGCUGUUGUUUGUGCCUAUGAGUCUAUGAGGCAGAGUCUCCUGUCAGAAGGAGUUCAAUUACUACCUCCGGGAGAGCUUCAACCAUGUCUCAGGGGAAGUGAGGGACACAAAUUUUAAGUGGGCCACGUUCUGUGCCUCAACUGUUGAGGAAGCCGAUCGAGCUGUGGCCAUUAGGUGGUUAUUGCCUAUCAUGGCGGCAAUACCUGAACAUAUCGGUGGACACUGGUGGUGAGAGAUGCCAUCAAGCUAAAGAAAGAGUCCUAUCAGGUCUUUUUGGCCUGUGGGACUCCAGAGAUAGAUAUCAGAUGGCCAAGCGGAAUGCAGCUUUGGUGGUUGCUGAGGCAAAAACCCUGGCACUGGAGGAGUUUGUUGAGGCUAGGUCUGGGACGAUAAAAAAAUUUUGCUGGACGAUAUGUUGUCCCACAAAUUAUUGACGAAAAACAAUAUUAUUGUCAACAUUAUCUUGACCAAAAUAACCACUUAUGUAAUGUUAAUAUAUCAUAUAUUUUCCUAACUGGCAAUUCGUAUUGUUGGUCAAAAGUUUGUAUCAUUUCUCGAAAUGAUGGCUUUUCAACCGUACCAAAUGGUAGCAUUUCUUUGGCAAUGUAGCGAACUACACUUUCUGUAAGCACACACCAUUUUGUGCUGUUCUGGCUGUACUUGCUUUGUCGACCAAACGCUUCGGUAAAUGUUGACUGUUGGGCCAACAGCUCGGCAUUUCGGGUUUUUUUUUUUUCCCCAGCUGGAAAAACUUGACUGGGUGAUUUUGUUUAAGGUGGGCAUCAAAGUCUGUUAUGUUGUCUUUUUUUGUCGCUACCAUAAUUCAACAAAGUCGGCAUACUGGCUUGUCUGUGUUGAUGGUCCCACCUUGCUCAUUGGGCUUGAAGCUGAAAUAUUGCCACACCCGGGCUGUUCCAUAUGGCUUUGCAAUAAGCUCUUCCAUGCUCCUCACGAGGCUCACUUGCUGCGGUCUGUGUGCGUGCUUGCAGCUGCGUCUCCCCCCACAGAUACAAAGAUCCUAAAUGACUGACAAGAUGGUUCACUCCCUUCAUUUCAUUCCACUAAGGCACAAACUCGCCCAGGUGCUGAGACCGGUGCACAAAGUGAACCCUCUUGUCAUCCAGCAUGUUUGGAGGGACAGGACAAGGAAAACAAAUACACGCAUGCACAUGGCCAUAUAUCGAGGCCGGAAAACUUAUUGAGUUCAUUUUCAUUUAUCGUUUAGCGUUAAUUGAUUGAUUGAUCAUCGUCCCAGGCCUAGGUGAGGCCACGGAUUACGACCUCCAGACAGCUUCGAAGAGGUUCUGGACCACCAUCCAGUGUUUCAGGAGGGAGAAGCAGUAAACUUUCAACACUGUACGGUGGGAGGAAUCCUAUGAGGGGUGCCCUGGGAGUAUGGGGUCCCGAACAUCCUGAUAUAGGAGCUGUGCGUUUCCUGUACAACCAGUGUCAGGGCUUGGUCAUGAGCUGUGAGCAGUGACCGAAAGUACAAGAUCACAGGUACAAGGCCUGAAAUGAGUUUCUUCCACAGGUUGGCUGGGCUCUCACUUAGAGAAGGUGAGAAGUAUGGACAUCCAGGAGGGACUCGGAGUAUAGCUGCUGCUCCUCUGUGUUGAGAAGUGUCAGAUGAGAUGGCUUGGGCAUCUAAUCAGGAUGCCUGCCAGACGCCUCACUGGUGAGGUGUUAAGGGCACGUCCCACCGGUAGGAGACCAUGGGAAAGACCCAGGACACCCAGAGAGACUAUGUCUCUCCAGGAAGAGCUGGACAAAGUGGCUGGGGAGAGGGAAGUCUGGGUUUCUGUGCUUAGGCUACUGCUCCCGUGACACAACUCUAGAUAAGGGGUUUAAGAUGGAUGGAUGGAUGGAUGGAUGGAUGGAUGGAUGGACCAGGCUCAGGGUUUAUGGGGCAAUCAAACGUGAAUGAACAAUUAAAAAAAUAGACUUACUUUCUGACCUCCUUGAAGUUUGGCUGAAGAUUGCAGGUAAACAGUUUUAGUCAUGGUGUCCUCCAGGUGCAGGGCAUGUCUUGAUUUGUAAUGUCUCUUUAAAAGACAAAAUACAGAAAGAAAUCCUAAUCUGCCACAUUGUCAAAGUUAAAAAUGCACAUUUGCUUAAACUGUUAAGCACAAUACUAAGUAAUCUAUACUCUCAGGAAGUACAAUUGCUGCAGCAAUGGCAGCAUCAUAUAUUGUCCAUUAGCUUAAUGCCAACACAUGCAGUUAUUCAACAUUUGCAGGCGAACAGAAUCAGCGUUGUGAUCUUGUGAAUCUUUAGUGAAAAAAACAACAACCAUUCUGCAUCAGGCCUCUCCCUGCUGGCCCCGAUGCCUGCAAUAUCAAAGGCUGUUCAGCAUUGGGCUCUAACAAACAUCAAGAGUGCAGUAGUAACAUUUUUAAUAUUUAUAUUGAGGAAAUUUCUAUCGCGAUAAUCAUCGUUAUCGAUUUGUCACCCAACGCUAUCUGCAGGUGUAAACAAAAGUAAAUCAUCCUAGCUUGAAAAGUGCUGUGAGUCCUGAGUAGUGUGAGCAGCUGUGAGCUUUCGCUGCCGGCUACUGAUCUUGAAAUGCUGUUGGCACUGUGAGCUGGCCAAGCUACUGGGUUCCCCUGUCCACUGGCCUAUACCUGCUGCUGAAGGUGGCUGCUUGUACAUGAAUGUACUUUGUUUGAAGCUGGUGAAUAGAGUCUCUAUUAGGAACUAACUGAGGAUUGGGCCUAAAAGCUGGUCUGGGUGGUGGAGGAGGUAUGUACACCCAAAUAAUAACCAUAAUAACUCCACUCUUUUCCAGCAAUAUCAGUGCUAUACUACACAGCUUUUGUGUUUGAUGAUGGCUAAGAGUCUUUUUUUGUCCCUCCCCUUGUGCAGCCCCGGAAGUUUAAGCUUAACUAUGCCACCUACGGCAAGCGACCAGAGGCAGGGUAAGAUCUGAUUCACCUCCAAUUUUUGCAUUGUACUUUCUCAGUCAUUUUAAGAAAGAUGCUUCACUCAGAAGCAGUUAUUCUUUGGGGUAAAACCACUGUGUUUAACCUGAUGAGGCAUGUUAGCAGUGUAGAAAAACCUGCUUUUAUUCUGAAAUGUCAACAAUAUACACUGCCUAUCCUUCAAACAUGAUUUAACAUUUCUCAAAAGCUGCAUUUCAUCUUUUAAGUGUGAUCCAGUCUGUAAUAAAACAAAGAGAUUUUAAAUCAGUCUUCACUACUUUCAGGCCAGAGUUCUCAGUCUUUGUGGGUGAUUUGGCCUCUGAGGUGGACGACUUCCAGCUUCACCAAGUUUUCAAAAAGUACCAAUCCUGCAAGGGAGCCAAAGUGGUCACCGACCAGUAUGGAUACUCCAGGUAUGUGGGAUCACAGAGGUCAACUAGAAAUCAGGGUGGCUUCAGAAAAUGAUGAUUUUUUUAUUUGCUUAUUUAAUCAGAUGUGUUGUGUAAUGUUCCUUUUUUUCUUAUUAUUGUAAGAAAUGUACAAUUACAUGAAAAUGUGUCUAGGCUUCUUUUCUCUGUAAUGAUAAUUUGUAUAGCAGUGCUGUGGACGUUGACCGCUAGUGCAUCUUCAUCUGUUUUCGACAAAAGGCUGAAGAAUUGUUUUCUUACCUUCUUAUUCUGAAACUAUUGUUUUCCCCAUAUAGGCUAAGCAAGAGCAACUCACAAUUCAAGUGAUGCUACCUCAUGUUAAAAGUAAAACAACAAGUUUCAGUUCUACCAUAAUAAUACCCAUUAUAUUCUGCUUCUCAUUUUAUAUGGCCAUUUCAAUUACCAAGUUUGGAGCUUGUGGUUUUUUUUUGAGUGGAGAUGUAACGAUUGUUUGGCUUGCAGAGGUUAUGGCUUUGUCAAGUUUGGAGAGGAAAGCGAGCAGAAGAAAGCGAUUGAGGAGUGCCAGGGGACGAUGCUUGGGGGGAAACCACUCAGACUGAGUAUUGCUGUGGCAAAGAGGUAAGACGCAUUAUGCAACAAGUCAAAAUAUCCAAGCUGUACAUCUUUUACUUGCAUAGUGUAAUUAUUUUCUUUUUAAUAGCAAUAGCAAUAGCCUAUGCAGGUAUUAACAUUCAUUGUGACAAAUUUCACAGAAAGCCCCUGACUUAGCUUAAAAACCUCAAUCAUAGUCCCAAUCUAGGAGAGCCUUAGGAGCGAUCUCAAAGCAACUCUUGGAUCAGAGGUUGCAGAGGUUUUGGUUUUUUUAAAUCUCAGGAAGAAGCCUGUUUUUAAGUAAGACACAUCCAUGCUUCAACACGUGGAAGUAGUUUUGGGGCCAUCAUAUUAAGGAGUGCCCAUAAUUAUUGUUAAGCAGAGAGAGGAUCAAGAAAAGAGGAAGGAAAUCAGAGGUGCAAGGUACAAGGACAGAUAAAAGCAGCAAAUGUCACUGAUAGAUUGGACAAUUCUGUGUAUUAGAUUUCACCAAAACUUCACAUUACCAGAGUUUAAUAACAAAGAAUAGAGUCCUUAAGACAGACACUUAGGGGUUGUUUAGGUGAUGUGCAGCUUGUUUAGGUGAUGCACUGGUAUUUUCAGUUUUUAACAUGUGUAUUGAUAACACAAUAUUAAGCAUAGUUUUCGUAAAAUCAAUAACGCCAAGUAUCCCUCUUGAGUUUUAAAUUGAGACCUUCUCAGAUUGUCGUCUCACAAAAACAAAUAGUAUAUUUCCUUUGCAUCAUCAAUUGAGCAUUGGGUAUGAUAAAUGUUAGAUGAUACUUGAAACCUAACAAAUCUAACCCAACUCUAACACUGAGUUUCAGCUGCCCCAAAACAUCUUUAUGUAAUUCUUUGAUUACAUUCAUUUCCUUUACCUUGCUCAUAUAUAAUGUUUUACUUUUUACCUAUUAGUCACCUUUGUACACCUGAAGAUUCACUGACAAAUUACCCCAGACACCCUAGUAUUCAUUUAAACAUUCUAACCUUUUUUAGAUUGAUGUAUUCUUUUCACCAAAAUUCCUUUCAGAUGUUAAUAAAACUCUUAUGUACUCUUCAUGUUGUAGCCAGAAGGUGAGCAACUACCAUGGGGGCCAGGGCCAGAAUUAUCAUAGCAACUACAACCAGUCCCAGUCCAGUUACUACGGCAGUCAUAACAGCGGAGGUCAUGGAGGUUACUACUCUCAGUGGGGAGGUUAUGACCAGUACGGAGGCUACAACAACAGUGGCUAUAACAGUGGCUAUAACAGUGGCUACGGCAGUGGUUACAACUACAACUACAACUACGGGCCCUAUGGCUACCCCCCACCAGGUCACAUGAUGCCCCCACCUCCAAUGGGGAUGCCACCCAUGUCCACAGACAUGUCAGCAGUAGAGGUGAGGAGAAUGGUGUCACACUCACUCUUGUAUAAAUUGACCAUAUUACCAUAGUGGGCAUUUUCGUGUGACGCCACACCCAGGGUGGAAAACUUUUUAUUGUUGUUUGACUGCUGUCAUUUCACAGCUCCCUGAUUGAUGAGAAACCACAAAGGCUAAAGAAAGAGUCGCUCAGGAAAGAGAUUGAGUCACAAUAGCGGUUAAGAAAAAAACCUUUCACAGCCCUUCAGUGAAUAUUAGAACACAGCUGGUGUGAGCAAGUAACCACUUCUGGCAAAACAAUUGGGCUUAAAACUCCAGUGAGAAAGUCCCGGGAAAAAGUGGCCUUCAUCAGUGAAAUGUGGGAUUGUAAACAUUUGCAUCAGAUAAAGGGUAACCAGACUGUUUCAUCACUGAGAAUCAUCAGGUCUGACUCCUACCUAGGACUGGGCGAUUAUAUGAUCGUGAUCGAUGAUCGUGAUAAAUUUCAGUACGAUCACGGUGAUCAGCUGAGAGCAUAUUUACUUGAUCAAACAUGGCAGAAAUGUGCGUCACAACAGAUGUGAGCCGUGACUUCGAGUCAUCCUCAGAAGAUGUUAUAGUUGAGAAGUUAUUCAACGUCCCUCCAAAGUGACGUCGAGCAAUUAAGCCGAUAAACCGGCUACAUAACAAAUCUGUUUAAUCAUUUGAACAAGUUCUUCCCGAGUGAGUAUGCGGGAAGCAUGAAAAUGUGAGUGGAGUCUGUACAGCCUGUCACUGCUGACGGCACGAGUAGCAUUAGCAGUUUAGCCACAACUAGCGGUGCAGCCACCAGACCAAAACAGCGAUCAAUCAUAUCCAUACCUGCCAACACUCCCGUUUAUCCCGAGACUCUCCCGUAUUUCAGACCUAUCUCCCACCCACCCCCCGUAUUGUCAUUUCUCCCGGGAAUUUCUCGUAGCAUGGUCCGCAUUCAUUCAUGAAUCGGUUUAUUAUAUUUGUCCAAAGUUUCCAGACAACCGGAGAGUCCUGUGUUUCUGCUGAGCCCCACAGACACUGGAUUGAUACUUUUACUUUACAGUUUGGGAUGAUUCCGGUCGGUUUCAGCUGUAAACUACAUUUAAGCAGUGUUUGUUGGAAAAUAAACAUUUCAAUGAAAGGAAAACAAACGCGAAAUAUGCGAGAGUGAUGCGUUCAGGGCAGCCGCGGAUAAAAGAGUGCUGUAUUUCAUGCACAGAUGUUCAGAGAGCCUCAUACGGGAGAGCAUAUAGAACAUGUAGUACUGUUGAGUUAAAAUGUUUUUUUUUAGAUUUUUCUAAGUGUUUCUUAUUCAGUUUGCUUUGUUAUUUACUUUGUAUGUUACUAAAAUGUUGAUGUAAUCUCUAGUUUUUUUUUCAUUUUUAGUACAGAUGCUUUAAAACUAGCAGUUUAAAAAAAAUUGUGAUAAUAAUCGAGAACGGACGAUAUGACAAAAUAAAUCGUGAUAAUUUCUUUGGCCAAAUCGCCCAGGCCUACUCCUACCUACUCACAGCACUUACAGAAAUGAAAACUCACAUCAUAAUAAUCAUCAGUUCUGUCAUUGAUAGUGUUUUUUGCCACUGUAUUUUUGCAGUAUGAAGGUCGGUGGCCUGUUGGUGGUAAGUGCACGGUUGGGAAGAGAUAGAAACUCAAGCGAUAUAAUAUAGAUUCAUCAUUCCCAGUUGAAAAACAUCACUGUUGACUCCAGCCGACUUUAGAACCAGUUAAAAUCUCCUCACAGUAGCUUUAAAAAUCACAGAUUUCUUGGGGAAGGAGAAGUUUUUGCUCAAGUACAGUGAUUGUUUCAAAGAUGACUACUGUGGGAGUGUCAGUGUUUAUGUCACUGUCUGUUUUUACAUCAUGUUAAACUAAACAGAAAUGGUAUGUGCAACAUCGAAGAACUGACUUCAGCAUCCACGAUUUUCGCCUCAAUAAAGUUGCUGUAUUCUUUGUCUGAAUCUUAAUUUCAUUACCAGUUCUUGACUAACAUGAGUAAGGUUUCUCAUUCUGUUCCUGCAUUGAGACUUUUAAUGAUGAUGAUGAUGACGGUGACAUUAAUGUAGCAACAGGCUGCAAGUUUUCAGUUUACAGGGUCACUUAUUUGAGUCGAGCACAGACGUCUGCCCGUACAGUAUUUAACAUUGUGUGAGUGGAGAGCUAAUGUGAUGUAAAACACUCAUAAACAAGCACUUUGAAAGGAUUAAUCUAUAAAAUGGUCAUAACUUUUGUGCAAAACUUUCUCUGUUCUGCCGAUCUCUGAUUUUAAAUGUUAACGUUGACUAAGACGUGGCUGAACGCUGAAAUGGCAUGGCUCUAAUGUUAGCUAAUGGGCUGUCCAAUAUGUUUCUACUACUCACCUAGGCCCCCCACCACCCUAAGCGUGACAUCAUGUGAAGAUGACUGCUGUAGGAAUAUGGUCUAUUAAUGGUUUUCUAUAUUUAUGUGGUACGUUAAGGGAUCAGUUGGGAUGUUAUACAGGUGGUGGACAAACUAUCAGUCAUGUCUUUUAGUUGAGGUUCAAUUCAUCCUGUAGCACGAUUAAAAUUGACUGAAUGGCAUGUUUGUCCUACUUGUAGCCACCACAGCUAAGAGUCAGCUUAAAUUUGCACUGUUCUACACAUUCAAGCACAGUUCAUCAAAGCUGGGAGAAUCUCUGCAAGAUCCCUGUUUUUAGUGCUGUAGUUAUUAGCUGAUUCACAGAAAAGUCACUGUCAAGGAGUUUUACAUUGAAUAUUUCUUAACACCAAUUGUUCCAAUCAGAAUCGGCCAAACAUUGGCUGUUAGUUUUUCUAAAAAAAGAGAUGAGUUAAUUUGAAUAUGGCUCUUAAGGCACUGUGCUGAGGAUUUUUUCACAUUUGUUUUUCACUUUGAAGCAACUUCACCUCCAUAGAAACAUCUGGCAGAUGAACUAGCAACAGCAUUUACAGCUUCUAGCCCAGACAUGACUUCACACAUGAUCAGAUGUGAUAAGGACAUGUACACCUGUGGGCUUGACAGCAGAUAUCAGAUUCUUCACCCCUGUUAGUUGUGGAGAUGUUCAGGAGUCUUAGGAAGUCACCUUCAAGUUUCCUAGUCGCUUUAAGACAAUGUGCUGAAACAGUGAAAGCUGUAUCUGUUGCUGCAUAUUGAUUGAACUGCAGUAAAACUGUCAAGAAAAAGCAAAACGUUUUUUUUUUUUGUUUGUUUUUAAAAGUCUUCAGACUGGAGCAUGACAUGGAGUGGUGCAAUGUCAUUUUCAUUUUGCACAAGUCUAUGCACAAAACAGUCUGUGCAGAUAUUACAGCUGAAUUUUGAUUACCCUGAUAGAAAAUAUAGAGGUUUUAGCCCGGUAGCAUCAGGCCAGAGUCACUGAAGGAACUCAGAAAGAAUGAUGUGUGAUGUCUGUCUUCAGCAGAGCCACGAGGAGACUGAAGGUAUAGAAGAGGAUAACGCAGAGGGUAAGGAGUCUCCUUUUGAAUGGGGCUUUUCAUGACACCAUUAUCAUACAGGAUAACUUUGUUAGCUUGUGUUGUCACAGUAUUGUCCAACAGAAGAUAAGAUUCUUAUUAUUUCAACACUUUACCCAGCCAUACCUGUUUACUAUAGCCUGGAGGGGUGGAGAGGUAGAUGUCUGCAUACUGAAUCAUUUCAUUAUGGCAUCCUUGGUUUGAUGCAGAUACAAGCUCAUUUGAAUGUGUGUAGAACUCAAAGAAAUUUCAGUCCACUGUGAAACAGAGCACCAUACACGCAGCAUGGCCCUCAUGGCCACUGACACUGUGGCUUCAUUUUGGCACAGAAAACCAUUGACCUGGUAUAAAAAGAAUAGAAUCAUGAAAUGUAUUCACCAAGUAAGAUUCUGUCGCAUUUGUCUCCUGGCAGGGCUUAAUGUCAGACCCAACAUUAUUAUUUUUUAUAUUCCACUUAUUUUUUUUUUAUGAAUUUAUAGUUUUUAAUCAUUUAUCAUUGAAAACAUGAGAAAUCUGUUUUAUGUGUUUUCAAUGUUUUAUGUUGCAUUUGAUUCUAUUUCUGUGCUGAAAAUGUACCAAACCAAGACUUGAAAACAGAAAACUGAUCCAAACUGAAAUGUUUUAUUAUUGCAUCCAAUCUAACAAUUGUACAGGGAUUCACUGACAAUGCUUUCAACAAAUAAAGUCAGCCAGAGACAUAGUUUUAGCCAAUCAGAGGCAGAGAAGGGCUGGCCGUGCUUGCCAAUGCAUUGAGGUUAUGGGUACCAUCACACACACACACACACACACACACACACACACACACACACACACAUUGGUUGGUGGUCAGGUAAUAUGAUUUAGAGUAGAAAACAUUUUCAGUCCAAAGAUUUUUUUUGUCCGUGUUUAAAAUAAACAUCUCACAUUUGACCCAUAAACCCACAACCUCAGCCUCUGUCUGGAUAUCUUACGAAGUGUCAGUGUGAAGCAGGAUUUUCACUAUAAUUGACCUGACUUGAACCCAUUGAUUUGCAUGUAUGCACAGAAGAUGAACACACAGUGCAUUUUAUUUAUUUCAUUUUUUCAUAAACUUUCAUUGUCCCCUUAGGGAAAUUUGUCAUGGACACCCUGAUGGUCCGCUGUUUGCAAAUAAAAGAACAGGAACAUUGAGUGAUCGCACCAGGCGACACACAUCACACAUGCAAGACAAGUACACAGCAGCAACAAGUAUCAGUCACCCAUAUCAGCAAACAAUAAAUGUCAACUGAUCAAUUACCCUGACUGUUACAGUACACAGCAGCAUGAAAUAUCAAUCAUUCAAUCAAACAAACAGUCAUCAAUCGAUAUAUCAGCCACUCUUACUGAUACAGUCCACAGUGAACAACACAUAUCAAUCUGUUCCAUGGUGUUAAAAUAGUCUUGUGUGGUAUAUUUCAGAGCCCAUUCCCGAAUGUGAUGUGGAGCUGUGGAAUAAAGAGUUUAUGCAGCGCAGUGAAGAGCUCUACGAUGCCUUGAUGAACUCUCACUGGGAACCCCUGGAUUCUGUCGACUCCCCCAUCCCCUCGCUAUCCUGAUAAAUCUUCUGCCUCUGAACCUCAUCUGACCUUUCCAUCUUUCAUUUUCUGCUAUUAUGGACACCUAUAACCUGCCACAUAAUCAGUCUAAAUCCACAGUGUCACCUUUAAAGAUUUGUCUUCAGGAGAUCCAGAUGUACCUAUUCUUCCUGAGAUACCCUAAGAACACGCACAAAAAUGUCAAACCAGGUUGGUCAAAUUUAGCGAUCAGAGAAGCAACUGUGCAGUGGGACUGAUCCUUUUGAACUCCAGGUUUGGAGGAGGAGCUGAAACUGCUCUGCUGUUACUGUAGAGCACAAACAUUGUAGGUGUGUCCACAUCACAUGUCGGUAUUUUAGCAUUUGAUGUUACACCCUUCCAUUUCAGUCACUUUAGGUGAUCCUUGUUAAAACACCAGCUUUGCUGAGUGAAUAUAACCCCACAUUGAAAGGAGAGAUCUCCUUUUGAAGACUAGUGUUAGAGAAUUGCUUCAAAUGUCAUCAGUCAUGUACUUAUCUUCCUUUUUCUCAGUCUAGGAAGGUCAUGAGAGUAACUGUGCGUGCAGAUACUUUUUUUUUUAACGUUAUUUUUUCUCAGUGAAGGAAAUGUCCUUUGUUUUUAUUUUUUGAGGAAAUGUAUGAGCAGAGGGUUGAAGGCACCACAUUGAAAGAAACCCCCCAUGGAAUUUAUCACUGUGUAAUACAUGGAACAACCUCCCAGAUCUUUAGACUUCUGUCAGGAUGCAUGUUUGUUUUGUGAGGUUGGUGGCUGAAUCAAUCAGAUCUUAAGGCAGUGUUUAUUUUCUGCCCUCUGAUAUUUUGUAAAUAUUUUCUUCUGGAGAUGUUUUAUCAAUAAAACAAAUUUGGGUGUGAA